AUGGCAGGGGGAAGUAAUACCAAUAACUAUGGGGGUGAUCUGAGUGAAGUUGUUAGGCAAUUAGCAGUUGUGGCCCAACAGUUGGCAAGGAGUUCAAUCAACAAUGGGGAUGCUCAGGGAAAACUUUUUAAGAAGGUUGCCCAAAGCACACCACCAACCUAUCAAGGAGAACUUGACCCUACCAUACUACAAAAUUGGUUAAGAGAGUUUGAGAAACUGUUUGGGGCAGUUGGAUGUCUAGAGAAUUCUAAGGUGGGCUGCACUACUUAUUAUUUAAAGGGUGAAGCUGAUCUUUGGUGGCAACAAAAUGAAGCUACUAUUAGAGCAUUACCUGGAUUUAAUUGGACUAAGUUCCAAGAUAAAGUGAGAGAUAAGUUUUACCCUAGCUUCUUACUAAAGCAAAAGGCUGAGGAGUUCUCAAACCUUAAGAUGGAGGAGAUGUCGGUUACUAAAUACUAUACAAAGUUUAUUGAGUUAUCUCGUUUUGCUAAAGAGUCUAUUGCUAUAGAGAAGGCAAAGGCUAGAAAGUUUGAGAGUGGUUUGACUAUUGAUUUGCAGCUGAAGUUGUGUGGACAAGUGUUUGAAACUUUGGACGAGGUGUAUGGGAGAGCUGCACACUUGUAUGCAUUGGAGUUGAAGAAAUAG